AUGGAACGAAAAUAUGGCCAUGAAUCAUUAGCAUUGGUACAAACUCCAUCAACAACACAACGUAGAUUUCGUUCAUUACAAUUUAUUAGUAAAUAUAAAGGAAGUGAAUAUCGAUGUUUAUUUCAUUUUGGUUUAACAAGUCUUGUUCGACAUAUUAAUGAUAAUGAAUUGAAAAAUCUAUUAUUUUCAUUUGUAUCAGCAAUUAAUCUUGCAUCUUCGAAUUAUGUAACAGUUGAAACUAUUGAAAUUGUUGAAAAAUUAUUAAAUUAUUUCGUUCAACGUUUUCAACAAAUAUUUGGUAUACGUCAUAUGAGUUCUAAUAUUCAUUCUUUAUUACAUGUACAUCAAGGUUUAAGUGUAAUGGGUCUAUUAUGGUUUUAUUCAACAUUUUCAUUUGAAGGUAUUGAUAAAGAUUUGGUUAGCACAGUUCAUGGUACAACUGAAUUUGCUAAACAACUUAUUCGACAACACAUUUUAUAUCGUGAUUCUCUAGUUCUUCAUAAACAUGAAUCUUAUCCAUUGAUAUUGUUUACAUUCAAUGAAGAAUUACUUGAUCGAAAACAAUCAAAUAUUCAUUAUAAAAAUUUUGUUGACUCAUGUUUUUUAUCUAAUCCAGUAUCUAAAGAUUUAUAUGAUACAAGUGAAAAUGGUAUAGCCACACGUGUACAAUCACUAUUUAAUGAUGGUUUAAUUUUCUAUCAUUCUUUGAUAAUAUCAGGUGUUUUAAUAAAGACUACUGUAACUGCUUACAGAAAAUUAGUUGCUGACAGUUGUAUCUCAUUCAGUUUUGCCGAUGAUCAAGUAAAAUAUGGUCUUAUUCGAGCAAUUGUUCAAUCAAAAAAAAACACCGUUCGUCUUUUCAUCGAAGAACUUGUGGAAAUUAAACCUGGAGCAUCAAAAAUUAAGUUUAAUAUUUCUAAUGAUCAAUAUCAAAUACCUUAUAUUUUACAAUUAAAACCAUCAAAAAUUUUCCAUCUGAAGCAUCCAAAAUUUAUUUUGAAAAAAAAACGCUUGUAUAUGUGA